AGCCCAGCCGCAGGCCAAAGCCUUGGCUUCGUGCAAACUUAGCUCCAAAAAACAGGAAGAGAACCUGAGGCUGGAGUUGGGGGGUGGAGGGGGCUGGAAGGAGAAAGGAGAAAGAAGUAAGGGGGAGGGGUGGCCAGCCAAGGCACCAGGAGAAUUGGGAAGAGCCUCAAGUCUCUCCAUCAUCCCUAGCAGGAAGAUGUCACAGCCUGGUCCUCAUCCUCCCUCACCCCAAGCCGCUGCUCCUAGAGAAGGCUGGCCAGGCCCCUCUCAGGCUCCUGGGCAGAGCCUAGAGGAGAAGAUGGGGAGCCCUGAGGAUGACCUGAUUGGGAUUCCAUUCCCGGACCAUAGCAGUGAGCUCCUGAGCUGCCUCAAUGAGCAGCGUCAGCUGGGCCAUCUAUGCGACCUCACCAUCCGGACCCAGGGCCUUGAAUACCGCACCCACAGGGCUGUGCUGGCUGCCUGCAGCCACUACUUCAAGAAGCUCUUCACUGAGGGUGGUGGUGGGGCUAUCAUGGGAGCUGGAGGUGGCGGGACUGCCACUGGGGGAGCAGGGGCUGGUGUGUGUGAGCUGGAUUUUGUAGGGCCCGAGGCACUGGGUGCCCUGCUCGAAUUUGCCUAUACAGCCACGCUGACCACCAGCAGCGCCAACAUGCCGGCUGUGCUCCAGGCUGCCCGGCUGCUGGAGAUCCCAUGUGUCAUCGCUGCUUGCAUGGAGAUUCUGCAGGGUAGUGGGCUGGAAGCUCCCAGCCCGGACGAGGAUGACUGCGAGCGAGCGCGCCAGUACCUCGAGGCCUUUGCCACAGCCACGGCCUCUGGAGUUCCCAAUGGUGAAGACAGCCCUCCACAGGUGCCCCUUCCGCCACCGCCACCACCACCACCACCUCGGCCUGUUGCCCGACGUAGCCGCAAGCCCCGAAAAGCUUUUCUGCAAACCAAGGGGGCCCGAGCAAACCACCUAGUACCUGAGGUGCCCACAGUGCCUGCCCAUCCUUUGACCUAUGAGGAGGAGGAGGUAGCAGGCAGAGUGGGCAGCAGUGGGGGCAGUGGGCUGGGGGACAGCUACAGCCCUCCUACAGGGACCGCCUCACCUCCUGAGGGGCCCCUAAACUACGAUGCCUAUGAGGGUGAGGAAGAAGAAGAGGAGCUGGUCUAUCCCCCGGCCUAUGGGCUGGCACAGGGCACCGGGCCCCCCCUGUCCCCAGAGGAGCUGGGCUCAGAUGAAGAUGCCAUUGAUCCUGACCUGAUGGCCUACCUAAGCUCCCUGCACCAGGACGCCCUGACACCAGGCCUGGACGGCCAAGACAAACUGGUGCGCAAACGGCGUUCCCAGAUGCCUCAGGAGUGCCCCGUCUGCCACAAGAUCAUCCACGGGGCGGGCAAACUGCCGCGCCACAUGAGGACCCAUACCGGCGAGAAGCCCUUUGCCUGUGAGGUCUGCGGCGUUCGCUUCACCCGGAACGACAAGCUAAAGAUCCACAUGCGGAAGCACACAGGAGAGCGCCCCUACUCGUGCCCGCACUGCCCAGCCCGCUUCCUGCACAGCUAUGACCUCAAGAACCACAUGCACCUGCACACGGGGGACCGGCCCUAUGAGUGCCACCUGUGCCACAAGGCUUUCGCCAAGGAGGACCACCUGCAGCGCCACCUCAAGGGCCAGAACUGCCUGGAGGUGCGCACCCGACGGCGCCGCAAGGACGAUGCGCCUCCCCACUACCCACCACCUUCCACCGCCACCCCAUCCCCUGCUGGCCUCGACCUCUCCAAUGGCCACCUGGACACCUUCCGCCUCUCUCUGGCUCGUUUCUGGGAGCAGUCAGCCCCCACUGGGCCCCCAGUCUCUACCCCAGGGCCUCCUGAUGAUGAGGAGGAGGAGGGGACACCCACCACACCCCAGGCUGAAGGUGCCAUGGAGUCCUCUUAAAGAGGGACAAAUGGCCAGGCUGGAGCAGCACAAGGCCGGGGACACCCAUGCCAAGCAGUGGGACAGAUAGAGCUGGGGUCGGGGCAUUGAGCCUUGCUGGCAUCAGAAUCAGCCCCUUCCCCCCCAGAGCCUCAUUCCAAUUGCAAGCUGAGAAGGUUUUGGGGCAGAGGUUCCCCAAAUUGGGGUGAUCCCCCAAGGAGUGAUACAUGUGAUAUGAUGUAUAUACUUACAGCUGUAUUGUAAAUGUGGGGUCCCCGUCCCCAGCUGCUCCUGGGGAGUAGAAGCAAUAAUGUAUUUCUGAUUUGUGGGGUCCCACUUCGGCUAUGCGGGUUUCUAAGGGGUGGGGGCUUGGGACCAAAGCCUUGCCCCGCCCCCAUGCCUCUUGGGGGUUUUGGCUGUGUAAGGGGGUGAAGGACUGCCCCUCCCUUCCGAGACCCCUCCUUCCUGGUUUCUGUUCCCUUUUCCUGGCAGUGAAUUAUGCAAAGGGGGCGGCAAAGGAAGGGUAGGUGGGGGAAAGCAAGGUGGAAGCUUGAAAGACUGGGGGACUGGGCCUGUAAGGAAGGAGCCAUCCCAGUCCCCCUCCGCCCCGCUCCCAGCGCUGAGUCAUGGGGUCCUGGAGGAGAAGGGGGCGGGGUGGCCUGAUUGGCUCGCCCGCCCCUGGGGGCAGCGGGAGGGGCCCCGCCCUGCUAGGGGAGCCGCUCCGCUCCACUCCUCUCCCCUCCCUUUCCCUCCCCUCCCGCGGCCCUGGGCAGGGAAUGUCUUGUUCCCGCCGCUCCCUCCCCGAGGCCAGAGGGCAGGGCGGGCCGGGCGGCGUCCUACCCUCUUCUCCUCCUCCCCACCUCCUCCCCGCCCAGGUGCGAGCCAGAGCCGCCGCCACCGCUGCCGCCCCUGACUCACGCCGCCCCCGGGCUGGCGCUGGGCACGGUGUGGGACAGAGUGAGGGGUUGGGGGAGCCUUGCGGAGAGCGGGCGAGCCGGCGCCAUCUGGCGGCCAUGCCCUGCGCGGGCGAGCGCCCCCGGCGGCCGCUUGGAGCGAGCUGUCUUCGCGCCCUCAGCCACCCGGCUGGUGAGCGGGCGCCCCCUUGCCAAGGCAGUGGGCAAGUAACCUCUCGCUCGGCCGCUGGGAAAGUGGGCCGCGGCCCUGUGGGAAAGAGGUCCUUUCCCGGCUCCUUGCCAGCGGGCUUCCUGUUGGGUAGGGGAGAAUGACCCCCUCACUCUUAGGAUUGAAUCCACCCCCAUUCUGUACAUAAGCCUCUCUGUUGGUCUUGUUGAAAUCUAGUUUCAGAUUUUUAACUACCCAAUUCUGCUUGGGGUGGGGGGUGUCUCCCCCCCUUCAUCGCUGGGUGCUGGACCCCCGUUGUGGCCUGGGCUCUGCCUUGCACUAUUUCCCCUCCCUGGCCUGACGGCCCCUCGCCCUCCUUAAAAGGGGCAGGUUCAGGGGCCCGGUGCUCUUCUUCCCUCCCAUGCACCUCCAUGCCCAUUUGCACAGCUGCCCAGGUACCCCCAAUAGUGGGGAGGGGUCACAGGGAGGGGGUAGCGGGACCAGUCCCUGUAUCUAUUUAAAAAGUGAUGAUGUAAUAUAUUGGGGUGGGGGGGGAGGUCAGGUUGCCCUGGGCCUCAUCUUAGCAUUUCAGGUGAUGGAGGGAGCCCAGGGCUAGGGAGACCUGGGGCCUAGCCCCAGAGAGUGGGGACAAUGUGGCUUCCCCUCUCCCUACUUGUGGCUUUCCCAGUCAGUGCCUUAGUGGGGGAGGCAUUCCCCCCUCUCCUGUUCCCUUCCCUUACCCCUGCCCCCCCACCUCGGGUGUAAACAACAGGAAGAAAUAAUAAUAAUUUAAGAUUCACACUUGUGUCCA